AUGACGACAGUGCCAGGUCCUUCAUCUUCUCCAAAACCUAGAAUUGUGGUUCCUUCAGCUGAUAAUAAGCCUACGUCGGGAUCAACGAAAAAAGAUACUUCUAGUAAAACUAAACCUGAAUUUAUUGUUCGAACAAAUUAUCCUGAAUCAAAUGCCCCAUUAGGUGUAUCUGUUUCUAAAUUUAGCAAAAAUCAUAUUCUGUCUUCACAACAUCGUUUAUUAAUCAAAGGUGGUCGUGUUGUUAACGAUGAUGGAACCACAUUUGCUGAUGUUUUUAUUGAAGAAGGAAUUAUUAAACAAGUUGGUCUUAAUCUUAUUAUACCAGGUGGUACAAAAACAAUUGAUGCUACAGAUAAAUUAGUUAUGCCAGGUGGUAUUGAUACACACACUCAUCUUGAAUUGGCAUUUAUGGGUACAAGAGCAGCUGAUGAUUUUUAUACAGGCACCAAAGCAGCUAUUGCUGGUGGAACAACAACCAUUCUUGAUUUUGUUAUUCCAACAAAAGAACAAUCACUUAUUGAUGCUUAUAAUCAAUGGCGUGAACGAGCUGAUUCGAAAAUUUGUUGCGAUUAUGGUUUACAUGUUGCUAUUACACAUUGGGAUGAACAAGUCGGAAAAGAUAUGGAAAUACUUACGAAAGAAAAAGGUGUCAAUUCUUUUAAAGUUUUCAUGGCUUAUCCAGGUACAUUUAUGUUAGCAGAUGAUGAUAUAUAUCAAGUAUUUGCUAAAUGUCGUGAACUUGGCGCAAUUGCUAUGGUACAUGCUGAAAAUGGUUCAGUUAUUAAAGAAUUAGAAAAGGAAAUGUCAAAAUUAGGUAUUACAGGACCUGAAGGUCAUCUUUUAAGUCGUCCAGAAAAACUUGAGGCUGAAGCUACAAAUCGAGCUAUUAUGAUUGCUGAACAAACUCGUUGUCCACUUUAUGUUGUACAUGUAAUGAGUAAGACAGCAGCUGAUAAAAUACAAGAAGCUCGAUUAAAAGGUCAAGUUGUUUUUGGUGAACCUAUUGCAGCAAGUUUAGGUACUGAUGGUUCACAAUAUUUUAAUAAAUGUUGGCACCAUGCUGCUGCUCAUGUAAUGUCACCACCACUUCGUAAUGAUGCAACAACAGCACCUUAUCUAAUGGAUCUUUUGGCUAAUGGUUCAUUAUCAACUACAGGUACUGAUCAUUGUACGUUUAAUAUAAAUCAAAAAGCAUUAGGCAAAGAUGAUUUUCGAAAAAUUCCAAAUGGUGUCAAUGGUAUUGAAGAACGUUUAGCAGUUGUUUGGACAAAAGGUGUUGAAACAGGCAAACUUGAUAUAAACCAAUUUGUUGCUGUAACAAGUUCAAAUGCAGCACGAAUUUUUAAUAUUUAUCCUAAAAAAGGUCGUAUUGCUGUUGGUUCUGAUGCUGAUUGUUUAAUUUGGGAUCCAAAAGCAACAAAAACAAUCUCUGCUUCAUCGCAUCAUCAAGCAUGUGAUUUUAAUAUAUUCGAAGGUUUACAUUGUCGUGGUCUUCCAAUAAUAACAAUUGUUGAUGGUAAAAUUGUUUAUGAUAAUGGACAAUUAAAUGUUUUACAAGGUUCAGGUAAAUAUCUUCAUACAGCAUGUUAUGCUGAUAGUGUUUAUCAAAAAUUAAAUAAACGCGAAAUAAUUCGUGAACAACUUAUUAAACAACAACAUAUUGAACGUGAACCAUAUACAGGUGAUGUUAUUGUUAUAAGUAAACCAGUUUCCAAUGGUGAUGCAAAAAUAAGCCCAAAAAAUCAAGCAAUUCCAAGUAGCAAUGAACCACAUGCAGCUGGCUUUCAUAAUCGACCAGCAACACGUGCUGGAGCAAGAAAUUUAUUUGAUUCAAGUUUUACUUUAUCAGGUGAUCAAUGGGAUGAUGCAAACCUUCGAAAAACAACUCGCGUUCAACAACCACCUGGUGGACAAUCAAAAGGAUUAUGGUGA